AUGGCUUCUUAUAGAAUACGAGAUGUGGCUAUUCAAUGGUAUAGCAACUGGAUAUCCUCUAGGGGGAUAAAUGCACCUCUUCCGGUAUGGCAAGAGUUCAUAGAUGCCUUCUUCCGACAUUAUUUGCCACCGGAAGUUCAAUGGGCUAGAGCUGACAAGUUUUUGAAUCUUAGACAAGGGAAUACAAGUGCUCGAGAGCCACAUUCUGGACAGUGCCACUUGGGUUCAGAUGCCUACUAUGGCUGUGGUCAAACUGGGCAUAUGAUACAUGAUUGUUCAUCGAUGGCUGGCAGAGGUAGGGUCCAGCCUACAGGAUCAGCAACUGGUUCUUCAUCAUUGGUACGCCCUGUAAAGCAAGUGGAGGUGAAGAAGCGCCAAUAUGAGGACCCUAUGUUAAUUCAUUACAAAGAUACACUUCCUCAGAAGAAGAAGUCACCAUUUGAGUUUCCUGCAAAUGGAUUUCUCAGGUAUAAAGGCGGAUUAUGUGUUCCUGAUAUUACAGGGUUACGUCAACAGAUUCUGGGGGAAGCUCAUCAUUCCGAUUAUUGUGCUCAUCCAGGAGAAACAAAAAUGUAUCAUCAUCUUAAAUCAAUUUAUUGGCAGUAUGGAAUGAAGAAAGAUAUAGCAGAGAUCGUGGUUCAAUGUCUUAAUUGCCAGUAG